AUGCCUACGCAGGUUGAACAGAAAACUGUUGAUCCAGAAGCAGAGCUUAGCAAUGUUCAGCGAACGUUUCAAAAGCUGGCACCUAUGUGUAGCGUUGAAAAGCGGGCAGGUGGCAUUCCACAGCUGGCCCCUCAAGAGAAGCAGCUAGGUAUCCUCGCCGCUGAGUUGAAAGAGACGCUUCUUUGCAUUAAUCUCGCCAGAAAAGGACAGCAUGCUCUCCGCGACAAUAUGACAAAGCAAGUUACACGCAAGUCCAUUGUUGAAUACGAACAUUUGGAGGGCGAGUUGCGGGAUGAAAGGGCCCAGCAAGCUGAGUUGGACUGCCUCAAUUAUCUGGCGCAAAAACAAAUGACGGAGCUCAUAAAGAAAGUGCCCACUGAAGCCGACGAACUAUCAAUGAUUGAAAAUGCAAGCAACCGACUUCGACGCAUGGAAAACCGUCUAGAUUUAGCUACAAAGCGUUUCUGCGGUAUUAACACAGAUAACAAAAGCGUUCGAGAAGAAAUUGAUCGUCUACUUGUUGAAAGGAAUGGUUUUAAUAUCCAAUGGAACAGAACUAUUGGCAAGCUUGUCAAGGGUAAGGAAUAUCUUAUGGAUAUAUUUGAGAUCGCAGCAAACUCGUACGGCGAUCGAGACGAAUGCUGCAGGAUGCUAGAGGCCUUGAAAUGGAAGGGAUUGUUCCAGCUUAAUCGAGACAUAUCGGAAAUGCAAUCAUACGAAGGAGAGUUAAAUCAUCUCUCAAAAUUAGAAGAGUUCCUGAGAGUUAAAGGUUCGAGAAGGAUCUGUGAGGCUGAUGAGAAGGAGGAAAUAAAGCGACAAGAUGAGAUACAGAGAUGUGAGCAGGAAAUCGCUCACCAUGACGCGCUGUUAGAAGAUAUAUUCCGUUACGCUGGCUCCGACAGACUAACAUCAAUAGUGAAUAACUUCAAAGCCAGCGAGAUUGAGAACUUCUCCAUUUUUGAACUACUUUGUCAAGUACUACAAGAGUCAAUAAUCAUGAGGCGAGAUCUUGAGAUUCUGCGACAACGUAUAAUGGAUCAACGGGACAUGAACGAAGCCCGCGAAGAGAAGCAGGACAAACGUCUCGCAGAACUAAAAGUGGAACUUGACAAAAAGAGAGAAAACACCCAGCACAUGAUGGAGCUAAACCAUAACACUGAUGCAGUCAUUCAAAAAGUGCUCAAAGGAAUCGAUGAUCUUGUCAGAUUGGCAAAAUGCGAUAUCACUCCCUUGCUAUCACUUCUGGGCAACCACAAGGAAGUGACCAAAUGGAAUGUCCGCAAAUUCCUCAGAAUACUUGAAUCGGAUGUCAAAAGCCUUAUCGAGGUGGCCUACGGAGCCGUAAAGCCCCCAGCUCCCACUCCUAAAGCUAGGCCAAAAGGCCCGGUGGCCCCUCUUACAAAACUUGUAGCUGACCCCUACGUGGAAACCUUGAGACCAAACAGAAUUGAAAAGUUGGUGCCGUACCAACCUUGCGCUUAUUGUGUUGAGGACUACAUAAUGAACUUAGUUUUUGAGACACCGGCAAUACCAGCUGAUAAGGAAUAUGUUGAAAGUAUAUUUCAUUUGGAAGACGUUAACACUAAAUUUGGAAUUUACACGCUCACCAUACCUGCAAAGCGUCAUCCAUAUAGAGGCCCUAAAAAAGACUGAAGCAAGCUGCAAGUGCA